AUGGGGAGGCAAUUGUCGUCUCUCGAGCAGUUCUUCUACUACAGGAGCAAAUGGGGGUUGCACUCGUGCUUCCUUUUGGGCGUGACGCUGGAUAGGACCCCAAGUCAGGCACAAUUCGCUCACGCCAUCCACGAGUGUCUCGUGAAGUUCCCGCAAUUGACAACGACAGUAGUCGAACUGGAGCAGGGGACCCCCACGUUCGCUAACAUUACUGUGCCGCUACGAUACGAUGAUUUCGUCGAGGUGAAGCAGUGGGGGCAGUGGGACGCACAGUUGGCCAACGAGAUCUUCAAAGAGUACAACUUCCAGUACACAGUCGAGAAACCGUUGUGGCGGAUCCUCGCGAUGCCCAAGAGCAGCACAUUCGUCUUACUCGUGGACCAUGUGCUCUUCGACGGGAUGUCUACGGUUAACCUCUGGCGGUGUCUGCUGGAGAACUUGGGUCCCGAGUCGACUAGCGAUGUUCUUUACGAACCAUCGAACGAAGCCGAUCAACUCGGGCAGAGGCCACACCCCUAUGAUUCCUGGCCCGUGGGCUGGUCUUGGAGGUUGAAACGGGCACUAGUGCCCUGGAUCUUUUACUACGCGCCGCGCACAGUUACGGGAGUCAAUGAACAGUUGGUCCAUUUCUCACAGUACACGCUGCAAGACAAUCUACUGCAAAGGAACAAGCCUGAAGAAUACAAGAUUUACAACGAUAACGACAGGUGGGUACUGAAUAUCAAGGGGGAACCAAUGGCCAAACUAAUAACAAGAUGCAAAGAACACCAAGUGUCGUUGACUUCUUAUCUGGUCUCCGUCUUUGCCCUCGCAUUGUCCUACCAAGCGGAGGGCAACAUAAGAGUGGAUAUUCCGAUGAACACGAGAAACAAGUGCAAGGAGACUGUGGGGGUCACUGAACAAGAAUGUCUUUUGGGGAACUUCGUCGGUGGGAUAUCGCACACUUACCAAGCACAACCUGGGCAAGACAUCUGGAGAAUGGCAAGAGAGGCACAAACGACCGUAGUGCAGAAGUCGCAGGAUGACAUUGACGACACAAUCAACGAGGUGAAGUUACUAGAUGUUGUUUCCAUACAGAAGUUCCUUGCCAAAAAACUAGAGGAAAGAUGGCCAGCGGGCACAUUUGAAGUAACCAACCUUGGGUUCCAAAAGUUCCCCGGUGACGACGGUGAACAAGGUGUCGAGUUCCAAGUUCAAGAUGCAUUCUUUGACGAACCGCAAGGGAUAUCCGACAUUUUCACCGUCGCGGCGAUCUCCACGAAGCACGGUGGUCUGAACUGCUGCAUAUCCAGUCCCGUAUCCUUAAGGAACGAAUUUCAACCGGUAUGGGACCGCGUUAAGAAAGAAUUCGGAGUGGAAGACAAAAGGUAG